GUGGGUUCUUUAGCCUCGGCUUCUCUCGCUGUCGAUAUCAAGCUCACAAACGCCGAUUCCUCUCAGGCUGUUGUCGACCAUCUUACUUCAACAAUCACCGUAAUGGCGGCACAAACAAAAGAUGCUUUGCUUCCCCCCUGGGGUGGAGCAGUUGCUGGGGCCACUGGGGCAGUCAUUGCCAAUGCUUUGGUGUAUCCUUUAGACAUAGUCAAGACCCGGCUUCAGGUACAAGUCAAGCAAAAAGUAACAGAUCCGGUUGAUGCUGAUCUACCACCCCACUACACCUCGACCUGGGACGCAAUUACCAAAAUUGUUGACGAUGACGGAAUAUCUGGUCUUUAUUCUGGCAUCAAUGGUGCCUUGAUUGGUGUUGCUUCAACGAAUUUCGCAUACUUUUACUGGUAUUCUGUUGUUCGGUCGCUUUAUAUCAAGUCCCAGACAUUACCAACGCCCCCCGGUACGGCUGUAGAGUUAUCACUGGGUGCUGUUUCAGGAGCUGUGGCCCAGCUUUUCACCAUUCCAGUCGCCGUGGUCACUACUCGUCAGCAAACGCAAGGAAAGAGCGAUAAGAAAGGAAUGGUAGACACAGCCAAGGAAGUGAUCAACAGUGAAGAUGGGUGGACUGGGCUCUGGAGAGGCCUCAAGGCUAGCUUGGUCUUGGUUGUCAAUCCUGCUAUAACAUACGGCGCGUAUCAAAGGCUAAGAGAAGUUAUCUUUCCCGGAAAGUUGAAUCUUAGACCGUGGGAAGCAUUCUUGCUUGGAGCGAUGUCAAAAUCUUUGGCUACAAUUGCAACUCAACCACUCAUUGUUGCCAAGGUGGGCCUACAAUCAAGACCUCCUCCAUCCCGUGCAGGGAAGCCAUUCAAAAGCUUCAUCGAAGUGAUGCGGUUUAUUGUCCAGCAUGAGGGUCUACUGGGCCUUUUCAAAGGUAUUGGACCACAGAUUUCAAAGGGACUGCUCGUUCAAGGGCUUCUGAUGAUGACAAAAGAACGUAUGGAGCUACUUUUCAUCGUUUUCUUCCGUUACCUGCGAAAGCUGAGGUCCGAACAACUCCAGAAAGCUGCGGAUCUUGCGACUUCAAAGGCUAAGCAAGCCUUGCCUUUGAUUACGAAGUAG